AUGUCGCAGUACAUUCCCCAGCUUUCCGCCGAGUCACUUUCAGAGAAGAUCGUGCUCAUUACUGGUGGUGCGAACGGGAUCGGCGCAAGUCUCGUAUUCCAAUGUUUGGAAAGUGGUGCCAAUGUCUGCUUUGGUGACCUGGACAACAUUGAAGGCGAGCGUGUCCUGAGAAAGGCCCUUGCGCAAUUCCCCACCAAGGAACCAGGCCAGCCCCCGCGUGCCGUCUUCCAGUCGACCGAUGUCACCGACUACCAAUCAUUGCUCAGCCUUUUUGACUUGGCCUUCAACACCUACAAACACAUUGAUCAUGUCGCCUCCGCGGCAGGUAUCGUAGAGAUCGGCAACUGGUUCGAUUUUGGAUUGACUUUGCAGACAGUCCGCCAGGCCCCCACCCACAAAGUGCUGGACGUCAACUUGAUCGGAUCCAUGUAUGUGGCCCGUAUUGCCUCGGUCUACUUGCGCCAUAACCGUGGCGCCGGCGCCGAUCGAUCUAUUCUCCUCUUUUCAUGCUCUUCCGGUUUCAAGCAGAGCCCCUCCCUCUUCGUCUACCAAGCAUCCAAGCAUGGCGUCAUUGGCCUUAUGCGCUCACUCCGCAGCUAUAUUUCAUCCCCAUACAAGCACAACAUUCGGAUCAACACCAUCUGCCCAUGGAUGACCGAAACCGAGAGCAUUAAGAAGAUCGAGCACCAAUGGAAGGAAGCGAGCCUCCCGACUAAUACCCCACGUGACGUCUCCAAGGUUGCCGCAGGUAUGCUCACGGAUUCAUCUCUCAAUGGCCAAUCCAUGUUCGUCGAAGGUGGACGUGCCUGGGAAAUCGAGCAGAACAUCGAGCGACUGGAGGCUCAGUGGCUGGGUGUAGAGCCAUCCAAGGCUCUGGCUGCUGGACAAGAACUGCUCGACGAUGGUUCUGUUUGGACGGCUGCUCCUCGCAAGCGGAGUAGCAUCUCCGUUGAUGGUAUCCCUCCAGGUGUUCCUCUGGCCAAGAUCAACGCCAUCAAUGCCCAUAGGAAGAGCCUCUCAAAUGGGUUCACCAACGGACAUACCAACGGCAUUGCGAAUGGCAUUGCCAAUGGCGUGCAUUAA